GUAAAAAUUUACUGCCAUUUUUUAAUCCUUUAUCAAGUUUAUUAGUGUGUGCGUUGCGUUUGAUUAUAAUUCGUUUGUUUUGUUAGAAAUGCCUUUAUGCUGUAGUUAUACUCCAGAUUAUUUUUCUAUAAACGACAUUUUAGCUACAGAAGAACGUAUAUUAUGUACGAUCGAUAUUCCAUUACCUGGUUUAGGUUUCUUGGAUAUUUCUAAUAAUUUGGAAGACUUAAAGCAAGGAACAAAGUUGGAAUUUCCCAUUUGGUUAACGCAUCCUCUCAACGUUAUACAAGGAUCACUUAUCAGCAUAGAAUUACCAAAAAUAUAUAAGGAUAAUUAUAGAGAAAUUCUUCAAGCGGAUGCUUGUGCAGUAUCGCUGAGCAAAUGGAACCCCUAUUUCUACGAGGUAGGAAUGUAUUUAAGAACUUUCAACAUCCGAGAAAGUGAGAAAAUAACAGAAAAUUUGUUCGAGACUUUUAAAUCUCGAUUCAGAUUAAUCAUGGAUUGGGCACAGAAUCCUAUUUCGGAUCUGACGUUGGGUAGUCAGCUUCCGAGAUUGGAAAGAGAUUUGUUUUUAAUUAGUAGAAAAGCUAAGGUACAAUUAAACGAUUGGUUAAAAAAAGGUACAGGUAUCAUAGAGACGUCGGAGGUGGCUGCUAAUCUUAAGAAACGUAAACGCACUGAUUAUGAAUAAAUAGAAUUUAAUUUAUUUUAAUGUACAAUGUAUGAUAUAUAUAGUUAAUUAGAUUAUUAAUAGUCAUAAUUGCAUACGUAUUGCAUACAUAGGAAUUUUAACUUUAGUUGAACUAAAAAAAGACUUUUAUACUGUAGUAAUAUUAGGAGAAUCGUUUAUAAACCUAUUGCAUUAUGAUUUAACAUUCUUAGCUGCGUGCCAAAGUUGGUGCUAUAUUUCAUUUUUCUAUGGUCAUUGAGCAUAUCACAAGUCUCAUAUGUUGUUAUAGUGCAAGGGAUUAAUAUUUUUAAUUCUACAGUUUUAUAGGUUUUGUAACAACAGAGAUAUGCAAAUCAAAAGAUUAUGUAUUAAUUUGAAAAGUGAUAUAUAUUAGAAAUUCUUUUUUAUUAUUCAGUUAGUAUAUAGUUUCAAAUAAAGUGGAUAAUUUAAAAAUCACAUAUUGUGUUAUUCUGUCAACAGCCUUGCCUCGUUUAAAGCACUAGUUCCCGUAAGAUCACUAAAGUUAAACGACGAUGGGCAUGGUUAGUACUUUGAUCAAUGAUCACUUGGGAACACCAUGUGCUGUUGACUCUAGAGAGGCGGUAGUAAGAUGACUUUUUUGGAAAGCUUUUGGCUGUGUUAGAAAGGUGUCGUAAAAAAGUUCCUCAAACCCGUAAAAGGGAGACUAAUAAAGACAUAUUCCUUUAUUUAAAAUUA